AAUAAAUUCGAACUGCUAUUAAAAAAAAAAUGGCCAAAAAUACUUCAAGUUAUGCAUUCCGUAAAAUCGAUGUUGAUCAAUACAACGAGGACAACUUCAAAGAAGAUGAACUCGAUGCGGCUGUGUCGAUGGGACCGGAUGAAAACGAAAUUACUAGCCUGCUGACUCAAGGCAAACACAUUGAAGCUUUAGUAAGCGUCCUUCAAUCUGCUCCACUUCGUUGUAAGCAGCAGCAUAUAAAAGACCACGCCUUAAAUGUUACACUCAGGGUUCUUUUAUCCAUCAAGGCAUCCCAGAUGGACUCUGCAAUUGAGACUUUAGAUCAAAAUGACUUACUCGAUAUUCUAAUGAAGUAUAUUUAUCGAGGAUUUGAGAUACCAUCCGAAGGUUCCAGUGGCCAUUUAUUACAAUGGCACGAAAAAGCAUUUUCCAAAGGCGGAGUUGGUUGUAUAGUUCGAGUACUAUCAGACACUAAUAGAGCUUAAACAUAAACAGAAUCGUAGUCAAAAAGUGAGACGAUAGAUCAGAAGAGCUCACAAAAAAGACAAAAAAAAUUAAACUAAAUUUAUCAUUUUUACAUUGCAAUUUCAGUUUCAAUAGGGAAUAUAAUUAUUAUUAUUAAAAAAAAAAGAAAAAAAACUAAAAUAGUAUUACAGUUGUAGGAACAAAGUAAAAUGUUUUUUUAUUUUUAUUGUUUUGCGUAAAAUUUUAUUGAAAUGAUUGUAAACAAUAGUCUGAGAUUAAAAAUUUCAAUAAUGUUCUCCCAAAAGGGUUUAUU